ACUACGGCGCGCGCGCGGGCUGGGCGCGGACCGGGUGGGGCCGGGAGGCACCGCUUCGCGCAAGGACUGAGGCGACGGCGGCCGGCGUAGCGGUCUUGGCGUGCCCCACCUCCUUCUGCGUCCUCUCACGGUUCUCCUACGCGUUUUCGGGCCCAGAGGGCUUAACCCCUAGCCAUGGACUCCCAGAAAGAAGCUCUACAAAGGAUUAUUUCAACCCUGGCAAAUAAAAAUGAUGAAAUUCAGAACUUUAUUGAUACACUAAAUCAAACACUAAAAGGAGUUCAGGAAAAUUCUUCUAACAUACUUGCAGAGCUAGAUGAAGAAUUUGAUAGUUUAUACUCUAUAUUGGAUGAUGUGAAAGAAAGUAUGAUUAGCAGUAUUAAGCAGGAACAAGCUCGGAAAUCACAAGAGUUACAGAGUCAGCUUAGUCAGUGCAACAGUGCCCUGGAGAACUCUGAGGAACUACUGGAAUUUGCAACACGCUCAUUAGAUAUAAAGGAAGCUGAAGAAUUUUCAAAGGCUGCCAGACAGAUCAAGGAUAGAGUAACAAUGGCUUCCGCCUUUCGCCUUUCGUUGAAACCAAAGGUCAGUGACAACAUGACUCAUUUAAUGGUGGAUUUUUCUCAGGAAAGACAGAUGUUGCAAACUUUGAAGUUUUUGCCAGUCCCCAAAGCUCCGGAGAUAGAUCCAGUGGAGUGUUUGGUGGCUGACAACUCUGUAACCGUGGCUUGGAGAAUGCCAGAAGAAGAUAACAAGAUCGACCAUUUCAUACUGGAAUACAGGAAAACCAAUUUUGAUGGACUUCCCCGUGUAAAGGAUGAGCGAUGCUGGGAGAUCAUCGAUAAUAUUAAGGCUACCGAAUAUACACUGUCAGGCUUAAGGUUUGAUUCCAAGUAUAUGAAUUUCAGAGUGCGAGCUUGUAACAAAGCUGUGGCUGGGGAGUGUUCUGACCCAGUGACUCUGGAGACCAAAGCACUUAACUUCAGUUUGGAUAACUCGUCAUCUCAUUUGAACCUGAGAGUUGAGGAUACCUGUGUAGAGUGGGAUCCGACUGGAGGAAAAGGUCAAGAAACUAAAAUUAAAGGAAAAGAGAACAAGGGCAGUGCCCAUGUUACUUCACUGAGGAAACAUACAAGAAGUGGAACACCAUCCCCCAAACGGACAUCCGUAGGCUCCCGGCCACCAGCAGUGCGAGGCAGCAGAGACCGUUUUACUGGGGAAUCAUACACGGUGUUGGGAGACACGACUAUUGAAAGUGGACAACAUUAUUGGGAGGUCAAGGCCCAGAAGGACUGUAAAUCCUACAGUGUGGGAGUAGCUUACAAGACUCUGGGGAAAUUUGACCAGUUAGGAAAGACAAACACUAGUUGGUGUAUUCAUGUCAACAACUGGCUACAAAACACAUUCGUAGCAAAGCAUAAUAAUAAAGUCAAAGCCUUGGAUGUUCCUGUUCCUGAGAGAAUAGGUGUAUUCUGUGAUUUUGAUGGAGGUCAACUUUCUUUCUAUGAUGCAAACUCAAAACAGUUGUUGUAUUCCUUUAAGACAAAGUUUGCUCAGCCAGUGUUACCGGGUUUCAUGGUUUGGUGUGGUGGGCUUUCUCUGAGCACUGGGAUGCAGGUUCCGAGUGCGGUGAGAACACUUCAGAAAAGUGAAAAUGGAAUGACUGGUUCAUCUAGCAGCCUAAACAUUGUGACUCAGUAAUGCCUCCUGAAAAUAUGUUUGACACCCCACUCCCCUUCUGAUUGGGUGGCCUAAUCAUAGAAACUCGAGAGUGAUGGAAAUGAGAUUGGCUACGUUCUGCUUUAAGGCCUGGAAUCUGUUAGCAUUAAGCAUCUAAUAUGAAAUAUUCACAGGAACCUACUGUGCCCUAUCAGAGAAGCAAGCAGAGAUGGAACAAGAAACUGCUAUUGUGAAGAGUAAAUGUGUGGGGGGGAGGCAUUGUUUAAAUACUUACAUAGAAACUGGUUUUUACGUUUCUUGGAUAACUUUGGCCCUUCUAAUGUUUAGUUAGGUAGCCUUGGGGCCUGAAGAAAAAAGUGUUUAGAUCUUGCCUUCUUUCUUUUUUUCCUCUUAUUACUACCUAUUAUUUACUUCUUACACUGAAGUUUUUAAAAAGAUACACAGUCCUCUGAGGUUUUCUAAAAAUUGAAAUAGUUGGGAGUUCGAGACAGGUUUUCUUACACUGGUUUGUUUUUCCCCUUUUAUAAAUAAGUUUAGUUAGUUUUGUUAAAUUAUCCUCUUUUUUAUUGACUAGAUUAUGUCAUUUUUCUUUUUUCGAAAUGUCAUGAUGUUUUUUCUUGUGGUUAUAACUCAGAAUCAGAGUGGAUAGGAGGAAUCUCUAGACAUAAUUACAAUCACCCAAAUUUCCGUUUUUUUCCCUGUACUAACAGUGGCAAAGGGGUGUUCUUUAUAUGUUGCCCUGUUUAAUUAGACUACUUUUCAUUUCAUCCUUUUGAGUAGUGGGUAAGAUUUGUAAAAGCUUUAUGUUUUCUGAUUUUGUUGUCUAGUUUAAAGUUAUCUUUACUAGUUAUCUUUCGUAAAGUUCCCACUUGAAUUUUAUUAAUAAUUGAUAAUACUUGUACUGAUUUUUAACAUUUCUAGUAGGAAUGAAAGUUUAUUAAAGUUAUAUAGAAGGUAGAAAAAUGCACACACUACUCAAGUUUUACCUGAGAAAGAUAGGCUAUAAAGGGGGUGCCUAAAACUGUUCUUUACUGAAGUCGUUUGUAUAUGCUUUUGGUAAAUAUGGAAUGGUUUAAACAAGAGGUUUAAAAAAAACUAUGUAUCUCUGACUUAUUUGGCAUGGAAGUCUUUCAGUCAUAACUACUUACAGGUUAUUUCCUCUCAGUCCUUUUGCUACGUCCAUUUGCUUUCUAAAGGGGUGUAAUUUUUUCAAAAAUCAACAUAGAAUGAUCUUUCCCAAAGUUAGGGAAAAUGUGUUAACAAGUAAAACCCAUGGUUAUUGAGAACAUAUCUGUUUUUUAAAAGCUGGAUAAAAUUUGUAACACAAGUCCUUUGAGCCAAACUGAAAGUUGUAAUUAUAGUAGUAUUUAAGGAUUCCUUGAGUGUUUUAAAGAGAUCUGAAUUUGUAUAUUCUUUAAUUUUUGACACUUCUACUUCCUUAUUUUCAUUCUCACUUUAAGUGUAUUAUACUAUGACCACCCAAGAAGUGACCAAUGCUUCUUCCAUUGGAGUCACUGUCUACAGAAAGGCCUGUGGGAUGGGAAUAGCUCAUUCUUUCUUAAAGUUCGCUGCUUACUAAUAGGACUUUUUGCUCAUUUUAAAACAAAUCUAAAUGAUGGCUUUUACUUGAACUGGGUAUUACUUUUUUAGAAUAUCUGCACCAUUGUCUGCUGACAUUUAGUAUUUAUAAUUACAAAGACUAUUAAGAGAGUUUAGAGAAUGAAUAUGUUAAUAGCUAUUCUUUUGAGUCUCCAAACAAAUAUAAUUUUGGUGUUUGUUCCUUCUGGAGAUUUUGAUAGAAAUUUUUGGGUGUUCUCUUCCCUAUAGCAGGUUUAUCCAGGACCUAGGGAAACAGGAAGUUAUCUCUCUUCCAUAAGAGUCAAACCUGAAAGCAGUAAUUUAGUGGUGGAGCUGCUUUAUGUAAACUGUUAUACGUGUAUAUUUUAGCAAAAAUGACACAGAAAAAGCCAGAAAUUCUUGUAUAAAAUUUUUUACUAUUGUAUAUCUGUGGCUUCUCUUUAAUUCAGUGCCUUUUUCCUCUAAGCCUGCUCGUCUCACUCCAUGCCCCGUGCAGAGUCAGCCGAUGUUUAGGCCAGAGCCCAUUAGAUCGUGCUGGCGAAGGCCUUCUGUUUCAGGGGCGUGGGGAAAGGAGAUAUAAUCAAGGGCUGGAGGGGUGCAUACGGUUCUUUUCUGUGCUCAUGCUAUCAUUUGAAACCCUUCAUAUAAAAUUUUCUAAUAUUUAUUUGGAAAAUUCACUUGAAGCAAUACUAUUAUUACUUCAAAAAAAAAAGCAUCUGAGGUUUACUUGUUACCAUGCUUCUUAAAGUUCUCUAAAAGUAAAGAGCAAAACAUGUGGGGUUUUAGUUUAGUUGUGUUAAGUUAAACUGGAGCAAGUUUUCCACCUUCAUUUUCAAACUAGAAAAUAAUCAACUCUAGUGCCUAAUUAAUCUCAAAUGAAGGUAACUGUUUCAACUUGACCACGCAUAUAACAUUGUCAUUGACAUUUAAGUUAAAAAAAUAUUGAGCUCUUUGGCUCAUAACACAUUGUGUAAAGUUGGUAUACCCUUUCAAACAUUUUUUGGUUGGUGGUUUUACUUUGUUUUGACAGGUCAAACAUGACUGCUUUCUGCAAAAGAAAUGCAUGAGAGGUUGACAGUAAUGGAUGUAUCACAGGUCUAAGAAAUUAUGUUUUAUAAAAACAUGCUUUCAGUAUUGUGUCUUCUCUUUUAGCAGUUGAAUCCCAAGCCAGUUUUAGUAAACUGGAUGAAGAAAUAAAGGAAUUGCCUUAAGCACUUUAGAAAACUAAGUUUUUUACAGUUCAAUGUUGAUUAUUUGAGCUGACCAUAUAUGUAACAUAUGUCUUUAAUUUUUGGUAAAUAUGUAUAUACCAAGCGUUUAAUAAUUGCACAUAGAAAUGUAAUAUACAGUGAUUCUUUGACUGUUCCAAGUGUAGGUAAACAGAUGGGAAGUGUUCGAGUCAUGCCUAUCUGUACAUGGGUUUAAUUGGCGGCAUGUGUACCAACCAUUCUGACAAGCGGGGAAUCGCCGCUGCACAGCUAGACUGGCCUACUUCACUCUACCAGUAGUUUUCCCCAUGUUGCUGUCUAAAGAGGCAUGUUGGCUUAAUUUUAGUCCCUCGUUUAUUAAGCUAAAGCACGACCAGUAUCAUGUAUAAUUUGAAUUUUUGUGACUUGAUCCUUGCUGGUAUAAAUAAUAAAAGUAAGUAAUUUGUCAUGAAAUCUUUAAUUAGGCUAUGAUCCUUUAUUUCAUGACUUACCCUGAACGAUUAGUUUUUUCUAUAUACAUUUUCCACAAAUUUAUAGUUAUUUGUAUUUUUAAGUUGUUUCUUUUGGAAGCAGGUUAAAAAUUGGAAAAGGACAUUAUGGAAAGUGAUUAUUUCAAAGAGUAUUAAUUUUAAAGAGGGAAAUGUAAUCUUUUUACUAUAAAAUCUGUGAUUCCAGGCUGAAAAAACUAGGGACUAUAUUUGUAAGUCAUCAUAAUUCUUUUUCAGAAAGCCUAUAUUUGUUCAAUCAAUGUUCAUUCUUUGGCUAAUACAUACCACAAAUAUUUUAAGUGUUCAUAAUGUGGCAGUCAAACUUUGUAUCAGAUUUCCAAAAUUAAUGAAGGUUGAUUUACAGUGCAUAUAGUUUUGCUGCUUUCGAGUAAGUAGUGUUACAAAGUUUGCAUGUUAAUGUUUUGUUAAGUCAAAUUUUAAAAAGUAAAUUUGUUAUAGUUUGUAAAAAAAUUCAAAUUUUAAUAAGCAUAUUGUAUGUAGUAUGGUUCAUUCUUAUAUCAUCACAAAAAAGGAUCUUGAAAAGUUUCUUCCUUGAUUUUAUUUCUACACUGUAUAUAUUCAUUUAGGGAAAUGUAUGGUCAACACAAAUUUAUUCAACAUCCAAGUGACCACAAAGUUAUAUGUUAUCUUUAACCAGAAUGUGCAGUGUACAAUGCCAGUACUAGAGCAUUCUAAGAGAUUCUGAAUGUUUCCUUAAUCAUCACAGAAAGCUUUACCUCAUUUCAGUGUAGUUUGUUUUGUGUGUAUCUUACAGUAUUCCUAUUAUGCCAGUAUUUGUCAUCCUGAUGUAUUACCUAUGAUAGCUUUGUCACUUGGAAUAUGUGAUUAAUGCAGAUACUUUAGGCCCUUUGAGUAAUUUGGAGUUAAAUGGGUUACUUUUAGUAUAUUUGUUUUUGUUGAAAAUAUAUUGUUGGACAUGCCAUUAUAAAGGUUAGUGUUGGCUUAUAAAUACCAGACAUUGCCAUAGUACCUUCUCCUCAGAUUAUCCAAUUAUUAAAUUAAAACAGUAUUUGUUUCUGGGUCAGUAUAAGGCAGUGACUUUUGAAUUAUAACCAUUUGAGCUAUGUUAGUUAAACUGAUACAUUUACUUAAUGGUACCCAUUUAUUAUAAGUUGGUCCUUUGAAAUGGACAUAUAGAAGAUUUCACAGUAUGUAGUGGAGAAGGUAGGUGAAUGUGUUCACUUUGGCUGGAACUUAAGUUUGGACCAAUUUUUUUUUAAGUGAAAAUGUAAGUGAUUGGUAAAAGGCAUUUCUAUUAGUACUGGAACUUUUUGGAGAGCCUAAGUGCUAUGAGAGUGCAUUUUUUAAAACAUUUCCAAUAUGGAAGGUACCAAAGCAUCGAGUCUCAUUUACCUUUUAUGGGAGACUCUUUAAAAUCAAAUUUAUAACCAAUUCAUACUAGAAGAUAUAUAAUAGCUAAAGUUUUAGAGUAGUUUAUAUUGAAAACCACUCGUCUUUAAAAUUUCUGGACAUAAUAUAAAAUGUUGGCUUCAUUUUUUUAAGUAUUUAAAAUUCAUUACCUUCACUUUACCAUACACUAGGUCUAUGGCCUCUACAUAAACCAUUUCUCCUCUUUGGGCAGCCUACCUCACAGGGCUGUUGUGAGGGAUAGAAUGAAACGGAGUGUGUGAAGUCGCUUCAACAACGGGCAAAUGCUGUGUGCACAUGAGGUGGUGUUUUUGGUUAAUAACAGACUUACCCAUUUGGAUGCUUCUAGAUGCCAUUUGUUUUAGUUUUUAAAACUAAAAUCCUAUGCUUAAAGUGGUAUCACCAGGACUUCAAGUGAGAUUUAAAAAAACAAAAACAAAACCCUUAUUAAAAUGCCUUUUAACAUUCCUUAGUUUGUGCAUGAUGUGACCUUUUUGUAUUUUCUCAUCAGGACUGUCACUCGCGAUCUCAACUUUCUAGAACUGUAAAAUUUCUCCCACAGCAUUAGUGAAUCACUGUAGAAUAGUAACGUAAAGCAUAAUAAAUGACUUAAGCUAUGUCUCCAUCCAGGCAUUUACGCUUUUAAUUUAUGACUCUUCAGUGCCACGUGCAAAGACUGAAUUUGGCUUAAGUAAUUCUUUCCAAACAACCAAACGGUUAAAAUUUGUUGUCUUUGGCUAAAAGAUAUAUGCUGUAUGUGCCCAUUUAACAUUUGACUUUUGUUGCAUUGUCAUUUUUUCUAAAUAUGGAAUAUUAUCAAAAGCUUGUGAACCUGGUUAUCAUUUAGUAUCUCUCCUAGAAAAUUUCUUCUGCUUUAAGUUGGAUUUAUUAAAUGGUUUACAGUUUAUCUUUAUAGAUUAUUUGGUAUUGUUAUCCACUGGACACAAUUUUACUAUGCAGUUCUGAAAAUAAAAAUUCUUAAUUCCUCAGGUUAAAACUUUAAGUUAUGGAUGAAAAUAUGAACUAUUUAUAAUAUACUCAGUGCUGCAAACUAGUGUUUUAAUAUGCGUGUUGCCUCAUUUUUCUUGGAAACAAGACAAAGCCUUUUAAAUGGUUUUUAACUUUAAAAUAGUGUAUUCAAAGUGCAGUAACUUCUGUGUUGAAGUGAUUGUAUGCUCUAUGUAGAAUGACCAAGUUAAAUUCUUACAAAAACACCUGGAAUAUCUCAUCUAAA